UAAAAAAAUCUCCGCCAUGGGUUUCGAAACACCAACACUGAAGCAUAUCCUGCUGCUGCUAAAUUUUAUUUUUGCUGUUCUUGGCAUAAUUCUAUUCGGAUUUGGAAUAUUUGUACUGGUGAAUGCAUCGCAAAACAAAACGGUGGUGUAUGGCGAGGAGACCACUGUGGAUAUCGGUGAAAAUCUGGCAGGUGGAUUAAUUGUCGCAUUGGGUGUUGCCAUUAUACUCAUUUCCAUAUUUGGUUGUUUGGCGGCGAUACAUGAAGCAAAACGAAGACUUCUGAUCUUUAUUGUCAUAUUGUGUGCCAUGAUUUUGAUCCAAUUGCUAUUGUCCAGUAUGGCAUCUCAGGGUACGCGUGACGGAUUGGCUGGAUCUGUGAAAAAGGGUUUCGAAGAUUUGUGGGUCGAAGAGCAAAAAGAACCUGGUGCAUUGGCCUACUACGAGAAAUGGCUGCAUUGUUGUGGUGUGAACGGUACCGCCGACUAUGCUGCCAUCCAACAUGCUAUUCCGAAAAGUUGUUGUGAAGAAGAACAUUGCACCAACGCGGACAGUUACUUUACAGUGGGUUGUGAAGACCAAUUCAACAAAUAUUUGUCUCAAAAAAUGUUAACAUUCAAUAUUGUCAAUUGUCUACUUAUUAUGACUGAGAUUGCAGCUGCAGUCUUCGGUUGGCUACUUUUCAGCAAUUUGAAAAACGAAAGCCGUCGAUCGAAUUUAACAUGGAUAUAA